UGCUCCCCUUAUCUGACAGAUGAGCACCGCCAUGGCUUUGCCGCAGCACAAGCGAGAACACCUUUGGGGGCUCCGGCGAGGGAUCGGAACCGGGAUCUAAAAAAGAGAAGAGACCCAGUGGGGGGAUCCGAGGGACGAAGCCGAGAAGCCCCGCUCCGGUUUUGGGGGGCUAUGGUUGCGGCUUUGAUCACUUCUGAGCUCCUUCCAGUGUCCGGACUAUUGGGACUUUAAAUUUUACAGACAGUUACCAUUCAGUUCCUGGGGUUCCCCCCUCUCCCCCCUUUUCUCCUCAUCACCUUCCCCUUCCCCCUUUCCCUCUUAUAAAACUCCAGUGCAUUGUGAGAUUGCCAUGGAGGCAAGGGAGACCCUAGGCAGCUCCCGGCAAAGGGGAGGUGAGGCGGAUUUCCUGCCGGCCACGGUUUCCUCUGCGAAGCCUCCACCUGCUUCUAGCUGCACGGGGGAGACCAUGUUGCCUGCUUCAGGCUCCGGGAAAGGGAUCCCAGUGAGCGGAGAACGACUGGAGCCAGAAGAAGAGGAUGAAUUGGGUUCUGGGAGAGAUGUGGAUUCCACUUCCAAUGCAGACAGCGAGAAAUGGGUGGCAGGAGAUGGCCUGGAGGAGCAGGAGUUUUCAAUCAAGGAGGCUAACUUUACAGAGGGGAGCCUGAAGCUGAAAAUCCAGACCACUAAGAGAGCCAAGAAGCCCCCUAAAAACCUGGAGAACUAUAUCUGCCCACCUGAGAUCAAAAUCACCAUCAAGCAGUCUGGCGAGCAGAAACUCUCCCGAGGUGGGAAAAAUAGCAAAGCAGCUAAAGAGGAGGACAGAGGGCACUCCAAAAAGAAGGUUUAUGACCGGCCCCCAAAGCAUUCCGCUCUGCACUAUGACCCAGGCCUCCAACAGGACUUCACCAGUGACACCUUAAAAUCAAAGCACCAGCAAAAAAGCAGCAACCAGCACCAUCUUGACUGGUCAGCAAGCUCUGACACUGGAUCUGCAUCUCAAAGUUGCUUCCUCAAUACAGAAUCCAGCCGAGAAGCAGCUAGUGCCACCAAGGUUUCUGCUCAAGAGCCAGUUGUUUCUUUCAGCAAGCCUCAAACAAAGAAAUCUGGUGCAGGAAACACAUGGAGUCAGUUGUCAACCAAUAAUAAAGAGCUGGCUGUAUGCAGUGCCGUUCCAUCGCCAAAUAACAUCACUGCAGCAUCCCAGCCUAGCAAUCCUUCCGAGUGCAAUGGGCUUUCGCCUCUAGUGGAUAAAGAGGGAGGAGGCCAAAUGGAGAUCCCUGACCAACCCACUGGGAACACAAAGAAGAAAUCCAGCAAAAAAGACUUAAUAAAUCACACCAUCCAAAACACAGAUGUAGAAUGGGUGAAAAAUGCUCAAAAAGCAUUUGAGAGCAAAACCCAUGACAGCAUGGAAAGGAAAAAGGAAUCUUAUUCAACGGACAAAAUGCUAGAAGCAUCGCCCUCGAGGCAGAACCCAAGUUCUGCCAAUGGUUCUGAGAGUGACACCAGUCACGUACGAAUUACUAUCCCAAUAAAGACUCCGACAGCAGAUAUGUCUGGCCACAAAAGGAAAAAAAGGCAAUCUGCAAAAUCUUCAGCAGAUAAAACUCUCCAGGAAAAAAGCCUACCUUCUGGACUUCCCAUGAGCAGUGAAGUAGCAAACAGGACUAGUUCACAACUGGAGGCAAGCAAAAAAGAUCUUCGAGCCAUAAAGCAAGGGAAAGCUCCUGAGAAUGAGUCCCCAUUGACAGCUAUUGAGAGCAGUGGGGUCACUGACAAAGCUCCCCCAAACAAUGCAAGUAGGCUCAGAAAAUCUGCAGCUGCAACUUCCAUGUCCGCUCCUAGCAAUCUUUCUGCAUCUAGCAAAUUGCCACAUAUCCAGCACCCAAAACUUGCAGCAAAACGGAGAUGGACCUGCAGCAAACCUAAAAACAUGCUUCAAGAAACCUCCGUGGCUACAUCCGAGAAGCUGAUGAUAGAGCCUCCUUCAGCCUAUCCCAUCACUCCAUCUAGCCCUCUGUAUACCAAUACAGACAGUCUUACGGUGAUUACGCCCAUCAAGAAAAAAAGAGGACGACCAAAGAAACAGCCUUUGCUCACUGUCGAAACCAUCCACGAGGGAACCUCCACCAGCCCGGUCAGUCCAAUCAAUCGAGAAUUUCCAGGCACAAAGAAAAGGAAGAGGAGACGGAACCUGGCUAAGCUGGCCCAGAUGGUCCCAGGGGAGGACAAAUCCAUCAGUGAACUGAAGUUUCACAAAAAGGUCGGCAAGCUGGGCGUAUUGGAUAAGAAGACCAUCAAGACCAUCAACAAGAUGAAGACCCUCAAGAGGAAGAAUAUUCUGAAUCAGAUCUUGUCCUGCUCCAGCAACAUAGCUUUGAAAACAAAAGCCCAGCCACCGUCCAGCGCAGGGGCUGCGACCAUCGAUGCCAGACUAGGGAAGCAAAUAAAUGUCAGCAAGAGGGGGACUAUCUACAUUGGCAAAAAACGGGGCAGGAAGCCAAGAGCAGAGCUGCAGCCCCCUCCAGAAGAACCUAAGACAGCCAUCAAGCACUCAAGGCCUGUUUCGAGCCAGCCAGAAAACCCAGCAGUGCCUUCCAACUUGCAGUCACUUGUGGCAUUGUCACCAGCAGCUAUUCAUCCGCUUUCAACACAGUUAGUGGGGUCUAAUGGCAACCUUAGCCCUGCAAGCACUGAAACAAAUUUUUCAGAGUUAAAAACUAUGCCAAAUCUUCAACCCAUCAGUGCUCUUCCUACAAAAACCCAGAAAGGAAUGCACAGUGGAACUUGGAAGCUGUCUCCACCCAGGUUAAUGGCUAACUCACCUUCCCAUCUCUGUGAAAUAGGUUCUCUGAAAGAAGUCACGCUGUCACCAGUGAGUGAGUCUCACAGCGAGGAAACCAUACCAAGCGACAGUGGAAUAGGUACAGACAAUAACAGCACUUCUGACCAAGCAGAAAAAAGCUCAGAAUCCCGCAGGAGGUACUCUUUUGAUUUCUGUACCCUGGACAAUCCAGAGGCCAUACCAUCUGACACCAGCACAAAGAACAGGCAUGGUCACCGGCAGAAGCAUCUCAUUGUUGAUAACUUUCUCGCUCACGAGAGCAUUAAAAAGCCAAAGCACAAGAGGAAAAGGAAAAGCCUGCAGAACAGAGAUGACCUCCAGUUUCUUGCAGACCUCGAGGAGCUCAUCAACAAGUUUCAAGUGUUCAGGAUUUCCCAUAGAAGCUACACGUUUUACCACGAAAAUCCAUAUCCUAGCAUUUUCAGGAUUAAUUUUGAUCACUAUUACCCUGUGCCAUAUAUCCAGUAUGACCCAUUGCUCUAUCUUCGCAGGACCUCUGACAUGAAGUCUAAGAAGAAGCGUGGUAGACCUGCCAAAACCAAUGACACCAUGACAAAGGUGCCUUUUUUACAAGGGUUCGGUUACCCUAUUCCCAGUGGGAGUUACUAUGCACCCUAUGGAAUGCCUUACACAUCAAUGCCUAUGAUGAAUCUUGGUUACUACGGUCAGUAUCCAGCUCCUUUGUACCUGUCCCACACACUUGGAGCAGCUUCCCCAUUUAUGAGGCCCGCAGUGCCCCCACCCCAGUUCCAUUCAAGCUCUCAUAUGAAGAUGUCCACCACUGCCAAGCAUAAAGCCAAACAUGGAGUGCACCUGCAGACGCCUGUGGGAAUGAGCCUUGGAGACAUGCAGUCCUCCUUGGCGCCUCCAAAGGUUGGAGGAACAAGCGUUUCUAGUGGCCGACUUCACAAAAGAAAACACAAACAUAAGCACAAGCAUAAGGAUGAGCGGAUAUUGGGGGCACAUGAAGAUCUGAGUGGUCUUUUUGCUAGCAAGUCCACCGGCUUCUCCAGCCAUGCGAUCAGCGAAAGGCUAAGUGGCUCAGACAAAGACCUCUCCUUGCUCAAUGAGAAAAGCAAGCAUAAGGAGAAACAGAAGCACCAGCAUUGUGAAACGGGACACAAAGGCUCAAAGAGUAACUUUGAAGUGGAUACACUGUCUACAUUAUCGCUUUCUGAUGCCCAGCAGUGGACGCAGAGCAAAGAUAAAAGUGAUUCGAGCAAUGAUCCCAUUGACUCUUGCACAAAGAGAUACUCGGGUAACACUGAGAGUAGUGCAAGGUCAGAGUCCCUGGACAUGUUUGGUGAAAUCAGUUCCUCCAUCGAAAAGCGGGACAAUGAUGCAAGUGGGAAUAAAAGAAGAAGCUUUGAAGGGUUUGGAACUUACAGGGAAAAGGACAUUCAAUCUUUCAGGAUGAAUAGGAAGGACAGAAGUACCUAUGAUUCUUCAGCCUCUUCAGGAAUAACAAGUCCCCACUUAAAAGCAGACCAGACUUCACUUCAUAGUAGAAUAGAAAGUUCUGCCUGUAACAUGAUGACCAGAAGGAAACCAGCAGCUGUUGAAAAUGUUGCAAUGCCACCAACGUCAGUGUUAUCGCUCCUACCUUCAUCAUCAGCAACAUCUGAUGCAGCCAGCUCACCACUGAAAAAGAGAUUCAAGCGUCGGGAAAUCGAAGCAAUCCAGUGUGAGGUGCGCAAGAUGUGCAACUACACCAAGAUCCUGUCCACCAAAAAGAACUUGGAUCACGUGAACAAAAUCCUGAAAGCCAAGCGGCUGCAGAGACAAUCAAAGACAGGCAAUAACUUCGUAAAGAAGAGGAGAGGGCGUCCCCGGAAGCAACCUUUCUCAUUUGACGAAGACUCCAGAGACCAAAUGCCAGUUCUGGAAAAAUGCGUUGACCUUCCCAGCAAACGAGGUCAGAGACCCACAUUGAACCCUUUAAUACUGGAGCAAGCAGCCAGUCAAGAUACAGUCAUGGCCACCAUUGAGGCUGUAAUAAACAUGGCUCGAGAGACACCACCGCUUCCCCCUCCACCCCCGCCGCCUCCUCCUCCACCCCCACCCCUUUCCCGGACACCACGAGUUGGAAAGAGGAAAAACAAACCGCAUCUGCAGCAGCAUCAGGAGGAGGAGGAGGAAGUGAAAGUGAAAAGGCACCGGAAAGCAAGAGGAAGUGAAAGUGAAAUUCUUCCCUAGUACAGACACAUCCAAUGGACCGCCAGUAUUGGGUGCUGAGCACUUCAUGACCGACACACUGACGUGUGUAAGGGGUGUAGGUUCUGCUUGACCCCUGAAGCAGCAUCAGAGUCACUCUCCUUCUCAGUAGCAUGGCAGCCAUAACCGUUCAGAUAGGAUGGACCAAUAAUAAUCAUCAUCAUCAUUGUCAUCUUUGGCACUAGCCCGUAGGAAAAGGGGGAAAGGAGCAGAGUGUGGGUGGGGGAAUUUCAAAGUUAAUGAGACCAUCCACUUUGCAGAGUGUCCAAAACAAAUCAGCAUCUCAGCAUUGCUGUUCUCAUAUCUUGCAAGCGGAAGGCUGUCUUCUCAGUACUCAACUGAACAUCAUUAGAGCCGCAUACUCGACUUUGAUUUUAUUUGGUGGGUCAGGCACAACUACGAAUAGCUAUACCAGAGUAGAACUCACUGUAAAAAAAAUAAUAAUGUAAAUUCCUCAACUGUGAUCUCUGUUAUGAUCUGUUUGAAUUCAUUUAAUUUUUUCAGUUUUAUAAACCUGCUGGGCUUUGGGGACAUCAUAAUCCCAAAGGGCCUGAAUCCUUACUCUAGCUAUACUUUUUUUUCUCAGUUAUUUGCCUACUUACAAGGACUAGCUGCAAUAUAGGCAAUACACAAAUACAGCCUUACAUGCACACACACGCUCAUUCCGAGUGCUAUCCUGAGGAAUGAUGGAAUAGCAUCAUGUUUUAAAAUAAGGUGUACAUGGAUAUUCAGUAAUGGUAGCACCUUUCUGUUAAGCAACUUGUAAUUCCCAGUGGCAUGUUAACAAAGGGGUCACCAGUCACCAAGUUGUUUUCAUGCUCAGUAUAUAGCAGUAAAGAACAGCAAGAAACUUCCAGGGAAUAGACAAUAUUGUACAAUAUGGAUAAAAUCACCAAAAAUGAUGGGGCGGAGGAGGGCCCAAUCCUGCUCAUUCUCAUCUCCAGGAACUCCCAUUAAAAUCAGCAGGAAUCCCAGGUGCAGAAUGUUUGCGGGAUUGGAUCAAAACUGUGUAGCAAUGCCUUGGUAUGUUGUUUAAAAAGAAAAUAGCUAAAGUAGGUUGUUUAAAAAUUACAAAAAAUAAAACCAUAUGAAGAAGUAGGUUAUUUCUUGGCAAUUACUUCGUAAGACAAAAAAGGAAUAAGUGUUCUUAUCUGAAAAAUAAAAAUAAUGUUCAAAGGGUAGCACCACUGCAAUUGUAUUAAUGCCACUUUGGACAAGUUCUCCAAGUUGUGGUUGCCUUAAUAAACUAAAAAGUUUUUUUGUACAUAAUGUAAUUACAAAGCUAUCAGUCUGCAUGGAUGCAAACUGUGUGUGACAAAUCGUCUCUUUAAAUGGUCAGUUUAAAUUGUAAAUUUCUCCUUCGAGUUGUAAUUUAGCCAUUGAUUUUAGUUUGGAUAAAAUAUCUGAUCUCAAUGUCCACAGCCCAGUUAAAAACAUUAAGCAAAACUAAGACUGAGGAUGAAAGCUAUUCCGUUGCAGUCAUAAAACUUUUUAAAAGUCAGUUGUUGAAAUUUUAAAACAGGAACUUUCAACUUUAUUUUAUUUUAUUUUAUUUUUAAUUCCUCCAAGAUUCUGAACACCUGGCAUGGCAAGAUUAAUGUUAAUCGAGGAAGUGAGGGAAAUUCCAGCUAGGGAGUGGAAAGUGGAAUUAUUAAACGAUUCCCUAGUUUGAGAAAUCUUUGAUGUGGCUUAUUGCCAAGGAAAUUUCAAAUAGCAUGACACUAAAUAAAUAAAUAAAGAUAUUAGUUCUCAAAAAAAGAAAGUGUUUCUUUUCUGUUCUUUAUGUACAGAAUCAUAUCAAGACUAUGGUGUUAAAGGGACACGGUAAACAUAAAGCUCAUUCUUUUUAAAGAUUGAUUUUUUUCUUACUUCUGUUAUAGCACCUUAGGUUAUUCAAACUGAAUGCAUUGUUAAAAAAAUCUAGGGACAAAUUUUGUGGUCUUAACUCAGAUAAAAGUCUCAUUAAAACCAGUGAGAGGGACCAUAGGAUUCUGUUCCUAAUUUGUUUUUGCACCAUUUAUUCUACCAAUUUGCUUUUUGUGGGUUUUUUUGUGGUUUUUUUUUUU